AUGCAAUUAUUUUAUAUAUUGGAUUUGAUCUGAAGUAGGGAGGCAGUAGUCACAUGGAGUGUCAGCAGCGCCAAUGGUAGAUAGAUAAAUUCUUCAAGCCCCAACCCCCGCUUUCUCUCUCUUACACAAACGCACACUUCCACUGCUCACAUCGCACUUUACCAACCCCACGACGGGCGGAGCAAACACCAAGCCAAGCUGGCGUACAGCCCUCGAGCAACGGCGGAGCUCCGCCACUCGAGCUCCAUCGGCAACCGUGCCUCUUCGUCGCCAGCCGCCUCCGCUGCGGCCCCAUCUCCAUUGUCCUCUGAGUACCACACCUCCGCCACCACCGACGACGAUGACAAUGUUCGGGAUCGCUAUUCCCGGGAUCGCUCCUUCCGCUCAUAUUUCCAACCCUUGAUGCCACACUAUCUUUUCCCCAACGACGAUCUAUAUAGGUCCCACCCUCAUAGAUCUAAGAUCUCCCUUGUCAUACUCGUCGCUGUUGUUUUUGCUGCCGUGUUUUCCGUCACUUCUGUCGUCAGACGAUUGAAUGCUCCAUAUUUGUGCAGGAAAGAUGGCAUAACUCUUCACUGCCCUCAUGUAAAGGAGCCUCCAUCACUAUGGGAGAAUCCUUAUUCAGCCACUACAUCAUGGAAGCCUUGUGCUGAGCGACGUGAAGGCAUAAUUUCAGAUCUUCCAGCUGAGAAUGAAACGAAUGGCUAUAUAUUUAUACAUGCUGAGGGUGGUCUUAACCAGCAAAGAAUUGCUAUAUGCAAUGCCGUCGCUGUGGCCAAGAUCAUGAAUGCUACUCUUAUCUUGCCUGUCCUGAAGCAAGACCAGAUAUGGAAAGACCAGACGAAAUUCGAAGACAUAUUUGAUGUAGAUCAUUUUAUUGACUACUUGAAAAAUGAUGUGCGGAUUGUGAGAGACAUUCCAGAAUGGUUUACUGACAAAGCAGAGCUGUUCACUAGUAUACGAAGAACAGUUAAAAACAUCCCAAAGUAUGCUCCUGCACAGUUCUACAUUGACAAUGUUUUACCUCGUAUCAAGGAAAAGAGGAUAAUGGCGUUGAAGCCUUUUGUUGAUCGUCUGGGAUAUGACAAUGUCCCUCAAGAAAUCAACAGGCUAAGGUGCAGAGUGAACUAUCAUGCUUUGAAGUUUCUUCCUGAAAUUGAGAAUAUGGCUGAUUUACUUGUCUCUAGAAUGAGAAACCGAACUGGCAGUUCAAAUCCUUUCAUGGCACUUCAUCUAAGGUUUGAGAAAGGUAUGGUGGGCCUUUCUUUCUGUGAUUUUGUGGGAACUAGGAUGGAGAAAGCACUAAUGGCUUUGUACAGACUAAAAGAAUGGCCCCGACGCUUCAAGGAUGGUUCUCAUCUUUGGGCCCUGGCUCUUCAAAAGCGGAAGGAAGGGCGCUGCCCUCUUGAACCGGGGGAGGUAGCAGUGAUGCUUCGUGCCAUGGGCUAUCCCAAAGAAACUCAAAUAUAUGUUGCUUCUGGGCAGGUUUACGGUGGACAGAAUCGCAUGGCACCGCUCAGGAACAUGUUCCCCAAUCUUGUCACGAAGGAGGAAUUAGCGACCAAGUUGGAGUUGGAUGGAUUCAGAAAGCACGUGACAAGCUUAGCGGCUCUAGACUUCUUGGUCUGCUUGAAGUCUGAUGUCUUUGUAAUGACACACGGAGGGAACUUUGCUAAACUAAUAAUUGGAAAUCGGAGGUACCUGGGCCACCACCUAAAAUCCAUAAAACCAGACAAGGGUCUGAUGUCCAAAUCUUUAGGGGACCCCUACAUGGGCUGGGCCACAUUUGUGGAGGAUGUCAUUGUAACCCACCAGACACGAACCGGUUUACCAGAAGAAACUUUCCCCAACUAUGACAUAUGGGAGAACCCCUUGACACCAUGCAUGUGCAGAACCUGAUUGUGAAUGGUUCUGGUAGUGUAGCACAGACCAUAGGUGAUGUCAGAAGCUACCGUGCCCAAGUGAAUUUGAAAAUUUUGGAGUUAGUUUUGCCAGGAAAGCUACUCGAUGCAGGUGAUCACGGUUUUAGGAUGUCGGAGCCUGAGAAAAUAUGGAUGACAAGUCUAUGAACACAAAUGUAGUUAUACGCCUGGGAAGAUAUGGAUAAUUAAGUCUAUGAAUGCAAAUUACUUUUCCUGGGACUUGAAGACCUUAUUUGGAUGAGAAAUAGGAUCUUCCAUCAGAGGGGCGCAAAUGGACUGCAUACUUGUACUGGAAUGCUGAUUCAAUUCAAUUAUCAUUUUAUUAUGUAAAUCGUGAUCGGAUGUCUGAAAUGCAAGUUUUGCGUGAAUUUGCAUGCAUAUAUAUGCCAACAGCUCCUUUAUUGGGACGCGAAACAUGAAAAGCACGGAAAAUUCGUGGGGUUGUCCCUGCAAUAUUUGCACA